AUGAAAAAUCAAAGCUGUGUGACAGAGUUUGUUCUAUUGGGGCUUUCACAAAACCCAAAUAGCCAAACAAUAAUAUUUGUUGUAUUUUUGCUUACCUACAUUGCAACUGUUGGGGGCAAUUUGCUAAUUGUAGUGACCAUCAGCAGCAGCUUGGCACUCCUGGGCUCCCCCAUGUACUUCUUUCUGGCUUUCCUGUCCUUCCUGGAUGCGUGCUUUUCCUCUGUGAUCGCUCCAAAGAUGAUUGUGGACUCCCUCUAUGAGAGGAAAACCAUCUCCUUUGAGGGCUGCAUGACACAGCUCUUUACUGAGCACUUCUUUCCUGGAGUAGAGGUGAUUGUCCUCACAGCCAUGGCCUAUGAUCGUUAUGUGGCCAUUUGCAAGCCAUUGCACUACCCCUUUGUCAUGACCUGGAGGUUCUGUGGCAUUCUGAUGGUGGUAGCCUGGACAGGUGGCUUCUUGCAUUCUGUAAUACAAAUUCUCUUUAUAUUUCAGCUGCCCUUUUGUGGCCCCAAUGUCGUUGAUCACUUCAUGUGUGAUUUAUACCCAUUAUUGGCUCUUGCCUGCACUGACACUCAUAUCCUUGGCUUUUUUGUUGUUGCAAAUAGUGGGUUAAUCUGCAUCAUAAACUUCUCAUUGUUGCUUAUCUCCUAUUGUGUCAUCUUGGUCUCCCUGAGAACCCAUAGCUCUGAAGGUCGAAGGAAAGCUCUCUCAACCUGUGGAUCUCACAUUGCUGUUGUGGUUUUGUUCUUUGUCCCAUGCAUAUUUGUGUAUGCGCGACCUCCAUCUACUUUCUCCUUUGAAAAGAUUGUGGCCAUAUUUUCUACCCUCCUAACUCCCUUGUUCAAUCCUAUGAUUUACACGUUCAGGAAUAAGGAAGUAAAAAAUGCCAUGAGGAAGUUGUGGACCAGACUGGUGGUGGUUUCUGAUGAAAAAUAA